GGUUUCGCCCCACGCCUGCACGAUCUGAUUACAAUUUGGGGCCUUCACUCCGGUAGUCCUCUCAAGCCCUAGCAAUGGCGGCUUCGAUCGAAUCGGUGCAGUGUUUCGGACGCAAGAAGACGGCAGUAGCCGUUACCUACUGCAAGCGCGGCAGAGGUUUGAUCAAGAUCAAUGGCUGUCCAAUCGAACUGGUUGAGCCAGAGAUCUUGCGCUUUAAGGCCUACGAGCCUAUCCUCCUCCUUGGACGUCACCGUUUCUCUGGUGUCGAUAUGCGCAUCAGAGUGAAGGGUGGAGGUCACACCUCGCAGAUCUACGCCAUCCGACAGAGCAUUGCCAAGGCUCUUGUUGCGUUCUACCAGAAAUACGUGGACGAGCAGAGCAAAAAGGAGAUUAAAGACAUUCUGGUCAGGUAUGAUAGGACUUUGCUUGUUGCCGAUCCUAGGCGCUGUGAGCCCAAGAAGUUUGGUGGUCGUGGUGCUCGGGCUAGGUUCCAGAAAUCAUAUCGUUGAUCGGAAAGUACUAGGCAACUAUGAAGGAGAGUCGUUAAUCGGUAACGAUAAUCUGUUUUGGUUUCUGAGUUCACAUAGAUUUGAAGACUUCAAAUUAUGGUUCAGUUUAUGCUCUAGUAUAAGUAGUUGGAACUGUAAGACUUUUGUUUCCGUCGAUAUUACGAUAAUUGCAACCCAAAUGCUUUUUGAAACAUCUUUAAUUCUUCUGCCAAUUA